GUUAAUUUUUUUUUUUUGGUAAAUUAACACUAAAUUUUUUUACAGUGAUUGUAUAAAAAUAUAAGAUUUGUUGACGUUAAUGAGAAUUAAAUAAUUUAUAGAAAAUAAAAUUGUUAAAGAAUCAAUAUUUCCAAUAAUACACUUAAAUUAAGUUUAAAAAGAAAGUAAAUGUUUUUGCACGUUGUAGUGAUUGCAAGAGACACGAUAAAAUUUCAUGAAAAAGUGUGAACACAUAUAAGAUUAUCAGGCACUUUUUAGCAUUGUAAUAAUCUUGGAGAAGGAUACUUGAUACGUGAACAACAUUUCUACACGCAGCUUAUAAUUUCCUUAACAUCUGUUGGAUAAAUGAAGAUUAUCAGAUAGCUCUUUCGUUUUCUACAAUGUCAGAUGGAGUUGACACUGUAGCCGAAGAGCACGAAGUAGAUUCACAUUCCUCUUUACUUGUUGAAACUGGAAAUAAUUCCAAAAAUUUUGAGAAUGAAGAAGCACUUGAUCCUGAUGGUGAAACCGUCUUAAAUACAAAUUACGACAGUAGCGAUGGUUCGGUGCUGGUAUUCAGAUGUGAACGCUGUGAUAAUUAUGAAACACUAAAUAAGGCAGCGUUUUGUGCACAUCAAGACCAAUGCCUUGUUACUGGCGAUGGGGGAGAAAGUACCGAAGUUAACGAGGGUGUAGAAAAUGAUAUUGAUGGAGAAGGUCAUUCGGGUCAUCGUUCUCAUAGAAAAAUGUUUGAAUGCGAUGUUUGCAAUAUGAAAUUUUCUAAUGGAGCUAACAUGAGGCGACACAAGAUGAGACAUACGGGAGUAAAACCUUAUGAAUGCCGAAUAUGUCAAAAAAGAUUUUUUCGUAAAGAUCAUUUAGCUGAACAUUUUACAACACAUUCAAAAACUUUGCCUUAUCAUUGUCCUAUUUGCAAUCGAGGUUUUCAGAGACAAAUUGCAAUGAGAGCUCAUUUUCAAAAUGAGCAUGUGGGUCAACAUGAUAUGGUUAAAUCCUGCCCUUUAUGUCACUAUAGAGCUUCUACUAUGAAAUGCCUAAGGCUACAUUUUUUUAACAGACAUGGAAUAGAUUUGGAUAAUCCAGGACCAAAUAGUUCAACGUCAUUAUUAAGCAAUUGUUCCGGCGAAAAUGUGCCUCCUGCGCCUUUAUCUGAUAGUGGUGAUAGUGUUGGUAACAGAUCAACUGAUAAUGUGACUCCACCAAUGCAUUUUCUUACGCCACAUGUGGAAAUUUCCAUUCCAUAUCCAGAACAAACUAAUAGUCAACAUAAUACGAGUUCUACUCUAAUUAAUGGAGAUAGUCCCAAUAGUCCACAAAGUGCCGACAGUAAUUGUAACGUUCCAAGUAGUAGUCAUCACCAUAUGCCUAUUAAAACCAAUAUUCAUAAAAAUUUAAGUAAUGCAGAUGAAAGUAUUACUCCCUCAAUUUCACUUAUUCCAAUAAAGCAAGAGCCUAACAGUAAUGGCUUAGAUGAACCUAGUGCUACAUGCAGCAGUCUACCACUACAGUCAUUAAUAAAGGUUUCACCACUAAAAUCAUUGUUAAGAGAUGAUCUUCGAAGGAAAAUGUCAAGUACUUGUAAUAAUAUUAAUAAUAAUAAUAAUAGUAAUAAUAAUAACAACAAUGGCUCAACUUCUAAUAUGCAUUCACGGGGUGAACCUUUAUCCACGACAAAACAGGAAACUCGUGCAAAUGGAAUGCAAUGUACACACUGCAAAAUAACUUUUCCUGAUCAAACUUUAUAUUUUUUACAUAAAGGUUGUCAUAGUGAAAGUAAUCCAUGGAAAUGUAAUAUUUGUGGUGAACAGUGUUGCAACUUAUAUCAGUUUAAUUCACAUUUACUUAGUAAAAGUCAUCAGUAAAGAAAAUGAAAAAAAAAACAAUAGAUUCUAUAAGACUAGUAGGGUAUUCAUUUUAAUUUAUUAAGAAAAAAAAUAACGGUAUUUUAGAGUGGCCUUACUCUUUUAAAACACAAACAUUAAUUAACAUAAUUCGUACAUAAAUUAUUUCAUAAAGCUAAUUAUAAAAUUAUUAGACAAAAAAAAAAAUAAUUAAUAAUCUCUUUUUGCAAGACAUUUUCGCUUUUAGAGGUGAACAGAAAAUUCUAUUAUUUUUUAUUUUUUUUUUAAUACUUCUAUCACUACUAAAAUAUAUUUAAGAACAUUUAUGUCCUAAAAUGUUGAUAUAAUUUAAUAUAUAUUUUUUAAAAAUAUAUUUUUAUUCAAUGCAAAUAAAAAAAGAAAUUAUAAAUGAUGUAAAUACUAUAUGACUAAUGUAAAUUAAAAUUUGCAUUAAAUGUAAAGUUCUAAAUUUUCCACUUUAUUUAAAGUAAUAUAACUGACGGUGUUAGUUUUAAUUUCCAGAGUUUAUGUAGAAAAAAAAACUUAUUGUUAUUUUAAGUUUAAAAAGUAUUAUUUAAUUCUUUAUUUGGCUAAUAAUACAAUCUUUUAUAUUUAGUGGAAAAUUUCAUUAUAUGGGGCCUUAACACUGAAAGCAGGAUGACCAUAGAAAACUUUAGGAUAUUAAGAUUUUUGAAUAAAAUAACUUAAUUUUUUUUUAUUCAACAUAAUUUAAUUCUAAGAAAUAAUUUGCUUUCAUUUUUAUUAUUAACAAGGCGUAAUUAAAAUAAUAUUCUAAAAUAAUAAUUUGGAAAAUUAUCAUUUUAUAAAAGAAAAUAUCACAAAGAGAAGAAGAUUAGAAUAUAAAAAGAAAAAAUAAUUAUGUUAUUUUGUGAAAGCUAUUCUACAAUUUGUCAUAAAAUUUUUGAGUUUACGUAUUAUAACUUUUUUCGAUAUUUGAAAUAAUUUUUUUUUUUUGCAUUAGGAAAAUUUUAAUUUCUAAAUAAAUUGAAAAAUUUUCUUUGACUUUUCAAACAAAAUGUUUGUGUCACAAAUUUUUAAUUGCAUAAUUUUUUUAUUUUUUUUAUUAUAAACUUUUUGUCGAGAUUAAAAUAAUAUAUUUUGUUGAUUAAAAAAAAUUAACAUGCCUUUAAAGGUUUUAAUUUUUCUUUUUUUCAUGUCUUUCACAAAAUGACGCAUUAAUUUAGUUUGAUUUUAAAUUAUUUAUUUUCCCUAGGAGACUUACAACCAGUGAAAAUUAGAAAAAAAAUUUUAUGUUACAUGAAAGUAGAGUCAAAAUUUUUAUCUAUGAAUAUAUUUCAUUAAAACAAAAGGAGCAUUCCAUUGAACUGUCAACUGUUAAAUUUCAGAUUUAAUAAUUGCACAUUUUGUUGUUUUAGAAUUCAUUUAAUAGUUAACAAACAGAUAAUUUAAAAUUUCAAUUAUUUUGCAAGGCAAUGUUAAUUAAAUUUAAAAAUUUUUUUCCAGUAAUUUUUAGCACAUGAUCUU